UGCAAAGCUGUCAAAGUGAAGGUCUAGUGUGGUGCUUGAAGGACAAAAUGGACUUCAGUUGAAUGCACGUAUCUCUUACAGUGGUAACUGACCUACACUCACUAGCGAUUUCCAGGUUUUUCUGAUCGCUGAAGGUCUUGCCUUCCCCCAGUACUGACGUAACCUCUACAGCAACGUGAGAAGCACCUCGUGCUUCGGGUGCCCUGCAGGAGCUGCUGAUCCUCCUGCCCGGUGCCUGUGUCAUUCUGGUGAUACCUGUGUAGAAUGUCACUUGCAGACUCGGUCAAAAGCAGCAGCAUUAGCAAGUAAACAAGACGCAUGUGCACGCCGAGCAGGGGUGUUUGGCUGGGGGGUCCUCAGGCAAACAAAUAUUAACCCCAUCCCACACUGUUCCUUAGUUAUCUAUAAAAGCACACUUUAGUGGUAAUGGGUCUGGUCUGGUAUUUUUUCAUCCCCAGUUAAAAACCCACUGACAUGGAGGUUUUUGUAUAUGACUGUCCCCUUUGAUAUUACUUUCUAAUGUUUUUUUCCCCCAAAUAGAACUGGCGAAGUUUCACUCAGUUACAGCACGUAUUGCCUGAAAAAUCAGAAUUGCCUUUUAUUUUUACAUUGGGGGCUAAGGAAUAGUUAACCCUGUUUAAGUACUGAAGGAUUGUUUAAGUGUCUUUUUUUUUUCUUUUAACUUGUACUGCACUGCAAUAGCUUACUGUCCAAAGGACUCUGUUAGGGGGGCGGAGGGGGACUUCGUGGUCAACGCCAGCUGGUUUCAGUUCAUACCCCCGUUUUAAAAAGCUCGGACUUCUGUUGGUGACUCAUUGCAAAAAAAAAAAAUAAACAAGUUAAAGAAAGAUGGAUUCAGGUCUGUUAAUUGUGCCUCCCAAAUGAGAGGAUGGGGAUUCCUCUCGCUGGGGAGGUGUAUAAAACACAGACCGCAGGCGUGGUAACGCAAUGAGACACUUUGCGGAGGCUGAUUUUACAGCAUGUUUGCUCAGACAGUUCGGCUCCCUCGGAACUGAAGAGCGGGGUUCGGUUUCCCACUGGAGCGGAUCCGGCCGCGGCUCACGGCCCCUGGGACGCAGCACCGGCUCCGGCAGCUUGGGGCGGCCGUAGAUGAGCGCAUCGGCAGCCUCGUGCAGACGCGGUCCCCACGCCUUCCCCCCCAUGGCUUCAAACGCACAUAUAGACGUAGAGGACGCCACCCAGCAUCUCCGGGAUAUUUUGAAGCUGGACCGAACCGGUAGCGGUGCCGGAACAGCUCCAGCUGGAAGCCAGAAGACGUCUUUUAACGGCGACCUCAAUGGCCUGUUUGGAUCAGGCAUCCUAAUCCCCGACGAAGGAGUCACCUGCCCGCCCGCCAAGACCAUGAGCGCCCAGGACAGACAGAUCAUACAUCUCUCUGGUGAUGACCGCUCCAUCGGCAUCGCCAUCUCAUCCAACGAUGUGGAGAUAGUUGCCAGCCAUGACUCCAACAUCAAGAGCGAAGCCCGGAGCAGCAACAAGGUUAAAAUCCAGCCUAUGGCAAACUAUGACUGGGAACAUAAGUACUAUUACGGCAAUCUGAUAGCGGUGUCCAACUCGUACUUGGCAUAUGUCAUCAGAGGUCACAACAGCUCGGCCAUGAUCCGCGUGCUGAGUGUGAACGCGGCGGAGCGAGCGCUGCUGAAGGGCUUCGCGGGCGUGGUCGCCGACCUGGCCUUCUCCCACCUCGACUCCGACCAGCUGGCCUGCGUGGACGAAGCCGGCGGCCUUUUCGUCUGGCAGCUGAGCAGCCGCGGCGGCAAGAUACGAGAUGAGAUCAUCGUGCACGUGCUGAGGCCCAGCGACACCCCCCUGAAUCCGAACCGGAGGCUCAUCUGGUGCCCUUUCAUCCCCGAGGAGGGUGAGGUUGGCCCUGAGGAGAUGUUCCAGACCCUGGCUCUGCUCCAUGAGGACCGGGCCGAGGUGUGGGAUCUCGACAUCCUCACGGCGAGCCAGAGCUCGUGGCCAGCGGACAGUGCCGCCCUGACAGACGGCUUCAUCACGGUGCGGGGUCACCGCGCGCCAAUCAGCGAGGGCGCUUUGUCCCCUGAUGGGGCCAUCCUCGCCACAGCCAGCCAUGACGGAUACCUCAAGUUCUGGCAGAUUUAUAUCGAGGGACCCAACUCUCCGAGGUGCUUGCUAGAAUGGAAGCCCCACGACGGCAGGCCGCUGUCCUGCCUGCUCUUCUGUGACAACCACAAACAGCAGGACCCAGAGGUCCCAUUCUGGCGUUUCCUCAUCACUGGAGCCGAUCAGAGCAGCGAGCUGAAGAUGUGGUGCACGGUGUCCUGGACCUGUCUGCAGACCAUCAGGUUCUCUCCAGACCCCUUCAGCUCCCCCAUCAUUCCCAGUCUGAAGGUCAGUCUAGACCUGACGGCCACGUACCUGGUUCUCACCGACGUGCAGAGGAAGGUGCUGUACGUGAUGGAGCUGGCCCAGGACCUGGAGCGAGGCCACGCCCACUUCAGCGCCAUCUCCGAGUUCCUGCUCGCCCACCCUGUGCUCAGCUUCGGCGUCCUGGACACGAGCCGCCGCCGCGCGCCCGAUUCCGAGGGCCUGCCCCUCGACGAGGAGAGCGAGAGCGCCACCAAUGACGGGGGCCAAGGGGCACUGGAGGCCAAAACGGGAGUGCAGAUCAAACUGUACUGCAUCCACACGAAGUCCCUGCAGGAUGUACAGAUCUGGUUCCAGCCACAUCUUGGACCUGGAAACUCUCAGUUCCCGUCUCCUGCCAACACGCAGGCUGGCCUCGGUUACGUAUUGGAGGCAGGCGCAGAAGGCCUGUGCUCUGACACGGGCGCCAGGAUCCCCGCCCUGCCGUCACCUGCCGACUUCUUGUCCCCGGCUGGUGAUACCAAGCCCAAGCUGAUGACCCCCGAUGCCUUCAUGACCCCCAGCGCUUCAAUCCCAGCCUCCCCUUGUGGCAGCGGCAGUAAUCUGACCUUGAUGACAGCCAUCACCAACAACCCCGUCAGGGGUGUAGAGGAGCCAUCACAGAGCCCCAGCAGUUUGAGCCUGAGCAGUACAGUCCCUCUUGGAGUGGGGCUUUCCCCCAUCCCCCGCCCCAGCAUGCUCCUCAUCCCUGGGCUGGGCGACCAGCUUCCCACCAACACUAUCCAGACGGCCCCCAAUCCCCCACUGGAGCCACUGCUGGCCUCGCAGGCGUCUCCAACGCGGGAGCGCUCCCCUGACGUCAUAUCUUCGGCCUCUGCUGCCGCGCCGCAGGAUGCGCCCGCGGUUGCCUCGGAGACGCUGCCACGCGAGGCCGCCGCCCACCCUGCCGGCGCAGCACGCACGCACGGCCACCGCGAUGCAGAACAAGAGGGCAGCGGGAUCAGCACGGACACCCCUGCCAGCCUUCCCUGGCCCGCAGCCCCCGACAUUACCCGAGAGACCUGCGGCAGCUUGCGAGAUGGGGGCCUGCUGGACCGCUCCACUGAGGAGAUGAAAGACAAGCAGAAGUCAUCACCAUACCGCAGACGACCCUACAGCUUAGCGCGGAAUGACAGCCAGGGCGGCAGCACUGAGCAGAGUGACCAUGACGACGAGGUGGCAAGCCCGACAUCCUUCUCUGGAAACUGUGGCUCCCAGUCGACAUGCAGACUCCCAGGAAAGGACUGGAAGAUGUCACCCAGGGGCCCGGAUAAGCUGAGGAGGCAGGCCCUGAAGGAGGCAGGAGAUUCCUCGCAGUCCAGGCGAAAGGAAUCUCAGGUGAGCAUGGACUUGUUGCAGGAAGUGCUGCGCAGCCAGCAGAGGGAGAUCGCAGAGCUGCGGCAGGGCCAGCUGGAGCUGCAGCAGCUGUUGAUGGGCUCUGCAGACGGGCUGCAGAGUUCCAUCCUCCGGCACAUAGAGAUAGUAACGGUGACCCGGCAGGAGCAGGACCAGCUGAGGAUGGAGCUCGUCCUGGCAGCAGAGCAGCAGGAAGCCCGGCUGGUGCAGGACCACCUGUCCGAGCAGCUGGUUCAGGCCCUCGGCAGCACGCUGUCCGGCCGGCUGGAGCGGCUGCUCCGCGAGGAGAUGAGGAGGACCCUCCCCCACACCAUCUCCAGUAGCCUGGAGCCCCUCUCUGCUCAGCUGAGCACUGCUGUGAGCUCCAAGCUGACUUCCGUGGAGGGGACUCUCAAGGAGAAUGUGGUCAGGGUUACCAAGUCAAAGUGGCUCUCACCCCGAGAUGUUCUGGUCCUUCAGAACACGACGGAGGCCAUCGGCAGGGCCGCGGCCGAGGUCCUCCAGGGCCCCAUCCAGGCGUCCUACAGGGACACCUUCGACAGCGUGGUGCUGCCCCUCUUUGAGAAGGGCUGCCAAUCCAUGUUCCUGCAGAUCAACGACAGCUUCAGGCAGGGCACGCAGGAGUACAUCCAGCAGCUGGAGAGUCAGGCGAGGAGCCGGAGGCAGCGGGAGCGGGAGCGGGACGCGAGGGACCCCCUGCUGGUGCACCUGCAGCACGUCAUCGGCGCCUUUCACGGCUGCAGCAGCCGGCUGGGCUCCGCCACGCUAGCCGGCGUGCGUGCCGAGAUCCAGCACCAGCUGCACACGCUGGUGGGAAACCUGCAGGACUCCAUCCUGGUGCAGGUGCAGCGGGCCGUGAAGGGUGAGGUCAGUCAGGCCGUGAAGGAGCAGCAGGCGGUCGUCACCUGCAGCAUCAUGCAGGCCAUGCGUUCGGCCGCCGGCUCCCCCGCACCCCCCGCGCCCCCCGCCCAAGUCGACUACCAGGCCCAGCAGGCCAGCGUGCUGCUGCUGCUGCAGCAGGGCUUCAUCAACCAGGCCUUCCAGCAGGCCCUGUCAGCGGCCGACCUGGACCUGGUCCUCUAUGUGUGCGAGACGGUCGACUCCCAGCUUGUGUUUGGACGCCCCCCCUGUCCGCUCAUCCAGCCCGUGCUGCUAUCCCUCAUCCAGCAGCUCUCCACCAACCUGGCCACCCGUUCCGAACUCAAGAUCAGUUACCUGGAAGAGGCGCUGUUGAACCUGGACCACAGCGACCCCGUGACUCGUGACCACAUGAGCUCGGUGCUGACGCAGGUCCGGCAAAAGCUGUUCCAGUUUCUCCAGCUGGAGCUGCACAGUCCCCUUGGGAUGAGAGCCCGCCGGCUGCUGCUGAUGCUGCAGGGCCUGCUCCUCCACUAGGCCUCCCCCGGCCCCUCCACCAUGGUCUGCGGGCACCCCCACCCCGAAUCUGACGGCUGAAUCCAUCAUCUGUAGAGAUCCCAUACAAGUUCUGCUUCUAGUGUACAGGUUCCCUGGAUUAUUUAACUCAGACGGGGCUGAACAUUUUUCCUAUAAAAAGCCAUCGGUUGGGUUUCGAAGAAGGACAAAAGAAACCCCACUUUACGUUCUCCAUUUUAUUUGAAAAAUAACAAGGAAACAGGAUCACAGGAGAGAGCAGAUGAUAAUCUGAAUGUCGUAUGCUGUACAUUGAUGCUGACUGUUCAUUCCUCAUUUUUUUUCCCCAAUUGAAUGAAACGAUUCCCUUCUC